AUGGAGAUAAGAAAGCCUCCUGUAUCUGCUAGAGGUCCUUACAGGUCAUAUGACACAGAUGACCUUACUAGAGCCUUCAUUGCUGUGAAAAAUAAGGAAUUGUCUAUAAGAAAGGCUUCAGUAACAUAUGGUGUACCUUUUGCAACACUUGCAGAUAGGAUUGCUGGACGGAUCAGUGUGGACACUGUCAAGUCAGGGGUGUUCCCACUCUUUAGUCAGGAGCAGGAGUCUCUUCUGGCUCAACAUCUUAACACUAUGGCUGAAGUGGGAUAUGGUUAUACCCGCCAGGAAACCAUGAAUUUAGCCACAGAUUAUGCCAUUGAACUUGGAUUGAGAACAAAGGAUGAUAGACCUGUGUCUGACAAGUGGCUUUACAAUUUCUUGGGACGCUGGCCAGAACUUAAAUUGAAAAAGCCUAGAGCGUUAGAGAUUGCCAGAGCAAAGACUGCAACUAGAGAUGCAGUUGACAAUUAUUUCACAGAACUUAAAAGAAUUUUAGUGAAAUAUGAUCUUGAAGAUAAACCGAACAGAAUCUUCAAUGUGGAUGAAAAAGGACUGAAUACUGAACAUAAGCCACCAAAGGUUGUCGCUGGAAAAUUUAACAAGACACAGGCUGUAACUUCAGGCAAGUCCAAGACAACUACUGUCAUUGGGUGUGUCAACGGGAUUGGACAACAGGUUCCGCCCUUUUUUAUUUUCCCAGGUGCACGCAUGAUUGAUGGAUUGAUGGAAGGCUCUACUCCAGGAUCAAAGGGCACAGUCUCACCAACUGGAUGGUCAAAUACUGAAAUUUUCUGUCAGUACAUGAAAGACCAUUUGCUGAAAUACAUUCCUUCACGUGAUAAUGACUAUGUGCUAGUCCUGUAUGAUGGUCACAAGUCACACUGCUCUCUUGGACUGAUAGAAUGGGCCAAGUCAGAGAAAAUCAUAUUGUUUGUGUUGCCGCCUCACUGUUCACACAUCCUCCAGCCCCUUGACGUGAGCUGUUUUGGCCCUUUCGAGGUUGCCUGGAAUUCUGCUUGCCAGAAGUACAUGAGAGAGUCAGGCGGGCGAUUGAUAACCAGAUAUGAUGUCUGUCAACUAGCCUGCAAGGUAUAUUCAUCUACCCUCACUGUGCCAAAUAUUGUUGCUGCUUUCAAGAGAUGCGGAAUCCAUCCAUUCAAUUCAGCAGUUGUCAGUGAUUCAGUAGUAGCACCAGCCACGACCUUCAAAUCCCAGAAUCCUCCACCCACAGAAAGUUCAGGAAACUACAAUGUGCCAAAAUCAGCUGAAAACUUUUUAUUGCGUAAAGGUGGCAAAAUCCUUGAAAAUGUUCAAAGUGCUAAAAAAGAAAGAAAGACACUCGGCAAAGUUAUUGGUGGAAAACCUAUCACAGAAGAAGAAAUAAUUGACAAAAUCAAGGACCAUAAUGAUAAACAGAAAAAAUGUAGCAACAGUAAGAGAAAAACUGUGAAAUCUCCUGUGGCCAGUACAUCCGGUCUUCCUGUAAAAAGGGGCAGGAAGUCUCAGCAUGCUGCUAUUACAAUUGACAGUGAGAGUGAAGAAGAAAUAGGUGAAGAGGAAAAAUGCAUAAUUUGCAAGAAGUUCUCCCCUGACACAACUAAAUUUCCCUUCAUCAUUAUUGUAAAGUGGGGGUGUUGUGACAGGUGUAAUGGCAUGUACGCUAUGCUGCGUCGAAGAAUCCAUACAGCCGUUGGGACAAGGCAACAGGGCUGUUUUAGUCGGAAUGCUGAUGCUAGGCUAGCGGAUAACGUCAAUGAACACGCUGCUGUCGGUCAUUCACAAUGA